AUGAUUGUGAGCGGCGUAUCUGAGCACCUCGACCGAGGCCUCGGGGCCUACCGAAACAUGCGUUCUCUGGCUGACUCUCAGCAGGGUUUCACCGCCACUCAGGAAGUAGUCGACACGCGACGCAAGUAUAAGGAACUGAAGCGCACCUGGAAAUUCACGUGCGACUACUGGUUCUUGGAGGCCCAAGAGGCCCUGGGCAAGGUGGAUGAUGCUGAAUCCAAGUACAAAGUCGCGCUGGGCGAGCAAAAGACGCGGUACCAAGACGAUAUUGAUUCUCUGGAGUCCGAGAAGGCACAACUCAAGGCGCGCCUUGCCGACUCUGAGGCACAAGUGCGAAUCCUGAAAUCGCGUCUUGAGUUAGCCACCGUGGACCCCUGGAAGUUCCCUGACUUCCUCCAGGAGCACACAGACUUCACGGGCAAUUGGGAGCGUCUCCACGACCUCUUCAAUCUCUGCAUCAAGGACUCGAAGCCUCCUGAAUCCUGGGACACUGUCAUCAACGUCACGGCCAUGGACAAGCGCAAGGCUGCGGCGGCCCCGUAUCCAGAGAAGAGCACGCGUAUGCCUCCGUCUUCAGGGUCUGGGUCGUCCGUCGUCCUGAAAUUCUGGAUCUCACGGGAUUCCAGAAAAUCUCAGGGUUCCAAGAACGGUCAAGGCUCCAGAAAAUCACGGGACUCUGAGGUGCCAAAAACGCAGUCGAACUCCGCAAGCCCCCAGGUUCACAAGGUCCAGCGUCGUCCCAAGGAUCAUCAGCCUGGCCGCGACUCUGUGCGUCGCGCCGGCGAGAAGACUGUGGUGUCCAAGGAGGCCGCACACACGAUGCUCCCUGGGGGUGUCGUCUGGAAGGAAGUUCGGCCAGACGUGCGUCAGGCUAUUCUUGCUGGGCUCAAGUACGACACAGCCAUGGAGUGGAUCGGCAGCGACCGGGCGGCCCACAGGCAUUUCCGACAGCCGCAGCUGAUCAAGAUGCUCGUGAGUAUGAUGUACUGGCGUCGUCUCGAUCGGACUCCCUGGCGCAAAUACGUCCCUGAGGCUUACUACGAAACGGCGGACGAGCGUCUGGACAGGUGCGGUGAUGUGCCACCACCCUGGGGGAACCUCGAUGACCCACAUGGUGUACCCUGA